UGGGAGUGGAGGAGGAAGAGGCGGUGGGGGGGACGGGGGCUGGUCCCAGAAGAUGGCGGAGGCGGGGGAUUUCUGCUGUGAUUGGGUUAUUAUACCCCUGCAUUGACAGACAUCUAGGAGAACCACAUAAAUUUAAAAGAGAGUGGUCCAGUGUAAUGCGGUGUGUAGCAGUCUUCGUUGGUAUAAAUCAUGCCAGCGCUAAAGUGGAUUUUGAUAACAACAUACAGUUGUCUCUUACACUGGCUGCACUAUCCAUUGGACUGUGGUGGACUUUUGAUAGAUCUAGAAGUGGUUUUGGCCUUGGAGUAGGAAUCGCUUUCUUGGCAACCGUGGUCACUCAAUUGCUAGUAUAUAAUGGUGUUUAUCAAUAUACAUCUCCAGAUUUCCUCUAUGUUCGUUCUUGGUUACCAUGUAUAUUUUUUGCUGGAGGCAUAACAAUGGGAAAUAUUGGUCGGCAACUGGCAAUGUAUGAAUGUAAAGUUAUUGCAGAAAAAUCUCAUCAGGAAUGAAGAAGGCAAAAAAAUAUCUUUUGCACAGAAAAACAGGAUGACAAGGAUGUGAAAUGGUAGAUAUACCAACAAAACUUCAGACUGUAAAAUUGCCAGGAUGCAGUUUUUCCCUUGAUUGAUGUGUGUGUAUAUAUGGGUAAAUAUACACGUAUACACACACAUAUUACUGCAAUCUGUGAUUGCUUCAUCUGUAAAUCAGUUACAAACCUUUAUGUAUUUGACUUAAAUAACUGUAAGAUAUAUAUGUACUACAUUAAAAAGUGUUGAUUAAUAGA